UGAUACGUAAAAGAGCCGCUGCUAUAUCUUCCAUCCAUUGCAUAAUUUGAAGAGGUGUGUGUGCAUUUUCUGUUCACUUCCACCGUUGAAAUCUUGCUUAUACUCUCGUGUCAUGUGCUUUCACAAUACACACACACCAGUCUUAUGUAACUAAGUAAAAAAUCACAGAAGUCGUAGCAGGUGUUGUUGGUUGUGGCCGAGAAAUUAUAUGGUGUGGUGGUUGUAUGGCUUUGCUAUCGUCAUCCCCAUCCAUCCUUGGGUAGCGGUGGCGGAUCCACUUCUCUCUCUCAUCUCUGACUUCUCUUUCUCUCUCUCUACACCUAAUAAUAAUAAUUACCCCACCACCACUCAAUUUUUCAAUAAUGUCCACUUCACCCACCACCACCUCCCCCUCCUCUUUCAGCUCCACCACCACCCAUUUCUUUCCCUCACGACCACAACAAACCCUAACCCUAAUUCCUCAUAUCUCUUCAUCACUAUGGAUAUGGAUUCUCAAAAUCUUUCUCCUCUCUCAACACCAAACCAACAACAAAAACAAACAACUAGUCCAUCCUCCUUGACAAAACCAUCGUCAAUAACAAGAAGAGUACCACCGCCAUGUUGGACACAUGAAGAAACCUCGGCUCUAAUUGACUCCUACCAUGAAAAAUGGUAUUCGCUUCGUCGCGGGAAUCUCAGAGCUUCUCAUUGGGAAGAAGUAGCUGAUGCUGUUGCUCGCCGAUGUAAUCUUGUUGUUCCAUCCAAAACAUCUGUUCAAUGUCGUCAUAAAGUUGAAAAGCUUCGGAAACGUUAUCGAACUGAAGUACAGAAAUCACUAAUGACUCCUGCUCAUCAUCGAUUUUCCUCGUCCUGGGUUUUCUUUAAAAGGAUGGAUUUAAUGGAAAAAGGUCCUUCUUCAACUGCUACCGGUGUUGAUGAAGAUGAACAAGGUGGUGGUGAUGAAGAAGAAGAAGAGGAAGAUGAUGACGAUGAAGAACAAGGUGGCGGAGGCGAGGAAGAAGAUGAUUUCCGCCCAAGAUAUAAUUUUGAUCAGAAAAACCAUCAUAAUACUGCUUAUAAUAUGUCAAUACCUAAUUCCCUCAAUUUGCCCAAUUUGCGUAAUUUUGAUUGUUCAAUCAUGCCCAAUGGCAGAGUAGGAAGUAGUAGUAGUAGUGGAGGGUUUCGAUUUAGAAUUCCUAGUGCAGAACAACAACAACAACGGAGGAGUGCUCCUAAUUUUACAUAUGCCAAACCAAAGAAUUAUGGUGCUAAGUUUGAUGAAAACGCAAUGCCUAAUUUUAUGCCUAACCCCAAUUUUACUAGUCCUAGUUCUAGUUCUAGGUUUACCAAUGGCGGUGUUGGUUCGUCAUCUAGGUUGAGAUCUGGCUCUGGAAAGAGUAGUGGUGGUGGUGGAAGUAAGGGGAAGAGAAAAAUGGAUCCAGUUGAAGAGAUGGUUUCUGCAGUUAGGUCAUUGGGCGAAGGGUUUAUGAGAAUGGAACAAAUGAAAUUAGAAAUGGCAAGGGAAGUUGAGAAAAUGAGAAUGGAUAUGGAGUUGAAACGGACUGAGAUGAUUCUUGAUUCGCAACAAAGGAUUGUUGAUGCAUUCGCGAAAGGGUUUUCUGCGAAAAAGAAGGCCAAGAAGAUGUCUUCGCCACCUGAUUCGUAGAGGAGUUAUGGGUUCUCUGUCAUUUUGUUUCUUGAGGGAAUAUAUUGCUUAUGAUGGCUAAUUGUUUCCGGAGAAGUGCAUCAGUUGGGAUUUCUAUGCACCUAAGCUCUCAUAUGUCAAAUUCGUGGCCUGAGGUAUAUAAAUCAGUGAACUUCAGUUUAUAUAUCCUUCUGAUUUCUUACUCUCCGUGUUUUAGUAGUUAGUUAGCGUAAAUGUUUUUCUAUUCGCGUUCUGGAUUAGAAUUUAGCUUCAUUGUCAAAUCCCUUGCUGCAGAGCAAUUAAGUUGCUAUCCUUAAAUUACUGUGAAUCAGUUCUGGUAGAAACUUUCCACAUUCAAGGCUAGUUUGCUUAUUAUUAUAUCUUGUACAACAAUGGCUGGGUUACACUGAUCAUUAGUGAUGUGUUUGGAUCUCUCUGGUUACUGUUGAUGUAUUAGCUUCUUUGUACUUAUUGUGUAAUAUUUGUAUCACUAAACCUGGCUAUGCAUAGUUCUUGGAAUCGGCUAUCUAUUUGUCGGUAUAA